AGCUGCAAGUCUUACUGAAGUCACGUGAGGAUUUAUUUUCACAUCACAACGAUGCAUUUGUUUCGCAGUGCCGAGUCAUAUAAUACAUUUAAACCGUAAGAAUAUCUGCGUCUGGGGAAAUUAAAACACAGCAAAGCGGUUGACAUGGACGAGGACGGGUUACCCAUAGUGGGAUCUGGUAUCGAUCUCACAAAGGUUCCAGCCAUUCAACAGCGCAGAAUCGUGGCUUUCCUCAACCAGUUCAUAGUUCAUACGGUCAGAUUCCUGAACCGGUUUUCCACUGUAUGUGAGGAGAAACUGGCUACAGUAUCGCUACGGAUCCAGCAAAUUGAGACCACGCUCAGCAUUUUGGAAGCAAAGUUGGCUUCUAUUCCUGGUUUGGAAGAAGUGACAGUGGAUGGAGUAAGACCGUCUGCAGAAACGAAUGGUCCAGCAGUGGAUGGCAGUCAUGCCACAGUCUCCACGGGUCCCUCUCCUGAGGCAAUUCCACAAGCACAGAGGGCCCCACUGGAGCCGAAAGCUGAGGCCCCAUUGGAAAAUAUGAUGACUGUAGCCAAAGACCCACGAUAUGCCAGAUAUCUGAAAAUGGUGCAAGUGGGUGUUCCAGUAAUGGCUAUUAAAAAUAAGAUGGUAAUGGAGGGUUUGGACCCCAGUUUGCUCGAUACCCCUGAUGCACCUGUUCCAGACGGUGCCAAAAAAGGGGCAGAUGAGCAAGAUGAUGACAGCUCAGGCAGCGAAUCGUCCUUUAGCGACUGAUUGGUCCCACCCCUUGACUAAUGAACUUUGUAUUGGACAGGCCGUUAUUUACAUUGCUCAUCUCAAAGCAGGGUAAAUGCACGUAAAAGUCCUUGCAUGGGACAGACAAGCUGCCAUCAUUAGAUGGAGUGAGUGUGAUUGGGUUAAUCAAUGCAGUGACACUGUAGUGAUGGUACUACAUUAUGGAUGUGUUACAUCUCAGAGAGAGCGUACCAGACAUGCCGCCCCUGAUAGUGGUGGUUUCUAAAGGCAGCUGCUCACUGGGUGAGAUUGAUUCAUGAUUAUUUUAUAAUUAGUCCAUUUAAAUCUGCUUAAGUGCUACAUUUAUUAAUAUGAACAUCUUUUGCCUGACAUGUUACUUGCAUAAAAUGUUAAUCUAAUAACAAUAAAUGAUGUCAGUGACUUCUUUUUUUAUUUUAUUUUUUAAUAAAUAGACACAAGCAGCUUAGUAACUAUGUUAGGAAGUUGAUUUGAGAAGUGUAAUUCAGUGUUCAAUAUUCAUAUUUCAUAUGGGAUUAGGUUUUGAUUUUUGUAAAUUCAUCUUACAUUGCCACUGAAGCAGAUUUGAUUAAUAUCACUAACACAAAUUACACAGAUUACACACAUUUGUGAGUUUCAGUACUGAUCGUGUAGCACAGCUACAGAUUUGCUUACACUGCCUUUUUCAAAUGUAACUUUUUAAAAUAUCAUUAUGUCAUAGAUGAGUUCAAUGCAAUGAAAUUACUUUAAAUAUACACCACCAUUCCAAUCAGUGGAAGCAAUCGUCAGUCCUCUAGACUGUUCAGUUAUGACAUCACCAUCAUUUGCUUUUAUUUCACAAAAACAGACACACAUUUUGCAAGAGCACACUGCAAGCAACUGACAUACAUUCAAAUUGCAUUGAGUAAAGUGGGAGGGUAAAACACUCCCGUGGUUCACUCUCAGCUGCGUUAUAUUUACAAGGUUAAACAAAUAUCAUCAACAUUGCACAACAUAAAAACUUUAACAGGAGAUUGGUUUACUCUGUAGUACAGUAAUAAAUGCAAACAUAUAUGUGAGACAUUUGAAUGUCCUCAAUUUUAUUUUUGUCUUGAUUGAUUAUUAAAUACUUAAUGAAUGAAAAUAAUUAUCAAGCAGCUUUCUAAAUUUCUUGGCCUCAAAUGGUUAGCGUGUAUUACAUUUCAAGUACAUGUUUUGUGCAUCUUUGCAAAACCAAGAUUUAAUCAAAAAAUCAACUGAUUAAAGAUCAAGCUACAAAAAUAUACACUGCAAAUUACACAGUACAUUGUCAGGCCUUUCAAAGUUUGAAAAGGUAGUAAGUUGUAAAAAAAAUAUAAUUCUGUUAAAGGGAAAGUAACCAAAAAUGUAAAUUCUGUUAUCCACUCACCCUCAUGCCAUCCCAGAUGUGUAUGACUUUCUUUCUUUUGAACACAAACCAAGAUUUUUAGAAGAAUAUUUCAGCUCUGUAGGUCCAUACAAUACAAGUGAAUGGUGACUAAAACUUUAAAGGUCCAAAAAGCACAUAAAGGCAGCAUAAAAUAAAUCCACACCUGUCAUAUCGCUUCUGAAGACAUGGAUUUAACCACUGGAGACUUAUGAACUUGUUUUAUGCUGCCUUUUUGUGCUUUUUGGA